UUAUUUUUUAAAACUCCCUCGCCAUUUCCCCUCGCAUUUUCAAUACCCUCCUCCUUCUCGCUCUAUCUUCUAAUUAUUUUCAUUCCAAUUUCAAAGCUAACAUUUUUCUUCUCUCUCGCUCAUAGCUUAAUGGCGUCAGAAUCAGAAACAAACUCAGUAGAAGAAGAAGAAGAAGAAAAAUACCAGCAAGACCAGGAAGCAGCCAUUGAUGCACCUGCACAUCACCCGUCUGCUCCUCCCGAUGAGUUAUUUGACAUUUCAACUACAGUUGAUCCUAGUUAUAUUAUAUCUUUGAUACGAAAACUUAUUCCAACUGGUUUGGGAAAUGAUCGCAACACUCGUGGAGUUAAUACUGGUGAUGCCACUUGUUAUGGAUCGAGUGCUGAUUACAUGGAAGAGUGUGGACCCUCUCAGUCUAGAGAUCAAGUUCCAGACUCAUUCAAUGAGACUGAGAAUAUGCACACAGUAAGUGGUUCGGAUACUUGUCAAGAUGGAGACAAACAGGAUUCAUCCUUUAGAUGUGAACAGCCAUGUGUGCCAACAGGAGAAGAGGCUUGGGAAGAGCAUGGAUGCGUAUUGUGGGAUCUUGCUGCGAGUAAAACUCAUGCAGAACUUAUGGUGGAAAACCUUAUACUUGAAGUGCUUUUGGCUCAUCUUGCAUUUUCACAGUCAGUGAGAAUCACGGAGAUCUGCCUGGGCAUCAUUGGGAACCUUGCCUGCCAUGAAGUUCCAAUGAAGCACAUAAUCUCUACUAACGGACUGAUUGAGAUAAUUGUUGACCAGUUGUUUUUGGAUGACACCCAAUGCUUAUGUGAAGCUUGUCGGUUGUUAACUUCGGGUCUUCAAAGUGGCAAGUGCAACACUUGGGCCGAGGCAUUACAGUCUGAACAUAUUUUGGGGCGCAUUAUGUGGGUUGCAGAAAAUACCUUGAAUGCACAGCUUUUAGAAAAGAAUGUGGGAUUAUUAUUAGCUAUACUUGAAAGUCAGCAGGAAGCUUCAUCUGUUCAUCUUCUGUCUCUGAUGAAACUGGGUUUGCCAAGUCUAUUGGUAAAUCUACUUGCUUCUGAAAUGAGCACAUUAAGAGGGGAAAGAGUACCUGAAAGGUAUGGUGUUCUUGAUGUAAUUCUUCAUGCAAUUGAAACUCUUUCAACUUUAGAUGGCCAUUCCCAAGAAAUUUGCUCUAACAAGGAACUCUUUCAACUAGUUUGUGACCUGAUCAAACUCCCUGAUAAAGUUGAGAUUGCCAGCUCUUAUGCAACUGCUUCAGUUUUACUUGCAAAUAUUCUGUCUGAUGUACCGGAUCUUGCUUCGGAGAUAUCACAGGAUUUUAUGUGUUUACAGGGUUUGCUUGACAUAUUUCCUCUUGUCUCGGAUGAUGUGGAAGCACGUAGCGCACUGUGGAGCAUUAUUGCAAGGUUACUGGUUCGUGUAAAGGAAAAUGAGAUGAGCCUAUCAAUUCUGCAUCAGUAUGUGUUGGUUCUAGUAAGCAAAACUGACAUAAUUGAAGAUGAUCUUCUUGACCGACAAUUAGAUAAUCUCAAUGAAGAAUGCAAGAGUUCGACCAGUUCCAGUAUAAAAUUUGAUACUAGAAGUAUAGCCCUUCGAAGAAUAGUCAGUAUUUUAAAUCAGUGGACAGCAUCAAAGGUCAGUCACAAAACAGAUGAUGUGAGGGAAGAACAUUGUGCAAUUGAGGUAAAUAUCGGUGGACUGUUGGAUUGUUGUUGUAAACAUAUAAAGUAGGCUCUCUCUCUCUCUCUCUCUCGCAGUGAUACUCGUAGGGAAGCCUCACCCAGUUUUGAUCCUUGAGUGUACGUUUAACUUGAUUAGUAAUGUAUUUUGUAAAGGCUUCAACACGUUUUUUGACGUUGAUUUUUCAAUUUACUAUUUGUAUUUAUAUGGAUUUAAUUGUUUCA